GCGAAAAUGUGUGCGCCGAGUUGCGAUGUCCUCUUUUUUGUUUUUGUUCAUUUUUCACUUGAAUGUACUGCGCGCGUCAGAAAACAAGCGCUCACGCCAUUUCGAAACCGGUCGUCCAUUUUGUUUUUUUCGUCGUCUGCUCGCCUCCAUUUCUGGUGACUUCAUGACGGGUCACGUGAGCCCUACGUCACAUCCGUCAACAAAAGCACGCACGGCGGAGACGAGCAAGCGCGCGCAUACGCGCAGUAGGACGGCAGUGACAGGCUGCGCAGUGCGAUCUGUCGGUGCGCGAAAGGCUUGUCGUUGCUCCAGUGCGGUGCCUUUGCUCGGGAGUUGGGAUCCCUUCGUUUUUGUCGGCUCAAUUUCGACGGAAUACUGCGGGAGAACCCGGGCACGAAUCUGAGAUCGCGGCCGCGCGGUGCCGUAGACCGAAGCGUCUGCACACGCGACGGACUACAACUCCCGAGUUCGUCGGGGAUCUCUAGGAUGCCUUUCAUCGGCCGGGACUGGCGUUCCCCGGGCGAAGCCUGGGUCAAGACCGGAGAAGGCUGGGAAAAGAAGAAGAUACUGGAGUUCUAUUGCUGCUCUGCGGACAGCCUGGACGCUCUCGAAGGUCCCGCCGAGUUUGAAGCGGCGGAGGCUCUGGUCGAAGCCGAUUCGGGCAACAGUGACGGCUGCUUCGAGCCUGAGGCCAAGCAGCCGCGUCUUUUGCAGCAGCAGCCCCACUGUCAGAUCACACUCAAGUGCACUCGGGAGGUGGCUGGCUACAACACAAUUAGCGAAGCAUUCCGAAGGCUAGACUUCCGCAAUGGCAUCAAAGAUGUGCGGAGGUUCAACUACAUCUGCAAGCUCCUGCACUUGCUGAUCACGGAGAACCUGACGACGCUUAGUGGAUGUGCCAGCCGGGUGCUUUUCACCAUGCUCGAAGAGGUGGCUUCUCAGGUGGCCGACAGUCGCCAGAACACUCACAUCCUCCAGCUCCUGCUGGGGGACCUGGAGCGCACCCUGCGCAAGUACCACUGCUGGGGGCGUCCCCUGGGCUCGAGCCAGCUGUGGGAGCAGCACCUGGCCACCCUGCAGCGCAUCUGGGAGGUGCAGAGGCACAUUGAGCUGGGGGGGCCCCCGCUGGCCAAGGGCACCCCGCAGCUGCCCCACCUGCCCCCCGAGCUGCUCAGGGAGGUGCUGCUCAGGCUCGCCGACUACAGGGACCUUGGGAGCAGCGGCCAGGCGCACCCGGUGCUGGAGGCCCUGCUGGAGGAGGAGCAUGUGUGGCGGCAGCUGUGCCUGUUCCACUUUGGCCCCCAGAAGCUGGAGGCCUGGCGCAAGGCCCCUUCCUCGGGCUCGGGCCCCCAGUGGAGGCUGCUCUUCCACCGGCUGCGCAAGAAGCACGGCCUGCGCGAGGAGUACGCCGACAGCCUGCUGCUCUGCCGACACUGCCGCUGCCUCUUCUGGAAGUCGUUCGGCCACCCCUGCCUCAAGGUUCCCCGCGACGAAGAGACCUCCGAGGAGGGGGACGCCCCCCUGGCCCCCACGAGCGUGGUCCCCGUCUGCAUUCCGGUCACUCCCCAGGCCUUCCUCCAGUACUUCUCCCUGUGACCGACCCCGGCUUCGACACGCCCGUCCGCCCCUGCGCGCCACCUCCGCGGCCCCCAAGCGGCGCCCCCGUCGCUUUGCAGCGACCUCAGUGAGCGUCUGCCGCGGCCGCUCUGAAACUCGCCCGCUCGGCGCAACUUCCCCUUCUUUCUGCGAAGGCAUUUUGUCGACGGUCGGCUCCUGUUCCGGGCGUCGCGCCCGGGAGAAGUUUCGGGGUUCUGGAGGGCCCCGAAAAUCCAGCUCGCGACGUGAACGAGCUGCAGUUUCGGUACAAUGCCGGUAGCGCGCUUCUGACUGGUGAACCUACCGCGCCCUAAAAUGUGGUUCCUCGACGUUUGCACCACUACGACGUAGACGCAGUUGCCCGUGCGAUCUUGGCGGUGGAACGGCAGCGGACGCCUCUUCCGCUGUAGGUCGUUCUGCCACCGGACAGUUUACAGAAGCUUCAAGAGUCGUGAUGCCGCAGUGACGGCAACCUUUGCGGUCACCUUUCUUGCCAGCAUUUCUGCAACCAACUUCCAGGAUUGCGACAUCAGACACUUGCCGGCUCCUUUGAAGCAGUUUGUUGCUACUUUGGGACCGCUUUCGAUGCAAGGGUGGUAGACGCACCAGUCGACAUGCAUUCCAGGCACCUUCUUUCCUGUCGGAUGCGUAUGAAGUGAUUUCCAGUUCCUUAGUCUAGAAUCUUUUCAAUCUUACGUUUAGCAGUCUUACCAUUUGGUGGCCCCAAGCUUCGGCUGAGGCACUUGCACCCCGAUGGAGGCGUAUUGCGGCCUAAGCAUUGUGUAACUGAGAUGUUGGUUGCUCGUCGAAGAAUCUUGAGUGGUCUAAAUCAACCUUAUAGGGGACGCGAUAGAUGUUUUUCACUGGUCCAGAAUAUCAACAAGUUAAAGGGCAGUGAAUUAUCUACUCGUGCAAAUUAAACUGGUUUAGGACCCCUUUUAUUUGUUAGAGUGAAGAUUUGUUAGAGUGAAGUGCUGGUGCUGAAAAUAAUUUAAGACGAGAAGAGGUGGUCCGUUAUCUAUUAUCACCUACCACAAUGCAGCAACAGGUUGGACAAUGCCUUUUUAGGUAGCGCUGCUCCGGAGCAUAAUGUCAACUUUUUCCUUCCUGAUCUUUUGACCAUUCCAAGUAAUUUCUCCAGAUUUUAGGACGAUGGUGCUAGUGGAAGCAGUCCUUGACCGAAACUGCAGCUUGUUCCCUCUGCGGCUUGCCAGAAUUCCGGAUUUUUUUUAAACGCGACGCACAGUGUGUAUUGAAUGUUCGCCAGUGUUGGUCUCGGAGGACAAUCGUCGGUGCCAGUCUAUGCUUUGCGGUAAGCACACCGGCAUGAAUUCGUGUUUGAAGGCAUCUGUCCUGGAGUGGCAGGACGUUUUGACGACUCUGGUCCUACAAACUGCCGUAUUUACUCGUGCAUCAAUCGACCUGUCAUAGUCGUAGACUCCCACAUUUCAGAAGCUAAAAAGUAAUAAAGCUAACUAACUGCCAAUUGACAAUUGCAUCACCACUCCUCAGUCCCGGUCAAUGAAAUGCUUGCUUGACACAAGCCCCGUUUCAUUAUUGUCACAUUAUUUGUCGUAUCAAAUUACGUGGGAGUCUUGCUGAUUUGACCAAUGAGGUAUUUCAUUGUUUGCUGAGAACAAACUGUUUAAAACUUACCAGCUUUUUGAAGGUUCCCAAAAGCCACUGACAAUACAUAUUAUGACUGUGCCACAGUGUUGUACUCCAGAACAUACUGUGGCAGUUUUGACGUUAAGGACACAGAGAUAGAUGACAGCCGCGGUUGUCGAAGCACACGUAUUGGUCAACCCAUGCGCGAGUAAAUACGGUACUUUUCUUUUCGCAUUGUUUCCCAGCGAAACAAGCCGGUGCUCUGAAAGGCUUUGUACAUAGAUAGCGAGGCAUAUUUUGGAUACAGAUUUGUUUCAGUAUUUAAGAUAUUUAUACUAUGUUUGUUUCGUGAGCGUAUGCUCGUAGGCGGGUCUAUUGAAAAGAGAGGAAGUAAGUACAUGGCAGUGAUAUGUCUAGGACCCUAUAUAUAUGAAUCUUAUGUUUGACUUUCCAACAACGGGAUUGUGCAGCGCUAGAGCCCGUCGGUCGUUGGCUGCAUUCUGAGACGCCACAUAUCUGGCACUUCGGACAGCGCUCUCAGCGCCUGCCGUUUGCCGAAGGUGGGCGCUUGGUUUAUUUACUCUUAAGACUGCUGCAGGAAUGUGAUUACUGCAUGUAGAGAGCAUUGUCCCGUAUACUGACAGUGCUCGACCAGUCCAAAUCGCAACCAUGCUGGGAAAAACUCACUUGUCCCCGCAUUUGAAACCGGUGUUUUCCGUUGUAUAUCUUUGCCCCUUCCGUUGUAGUCGUGUUGUACACUUUCGACGAUCUUAGGAGCGUGUUGGUUUGUAGAGCUCAUAUCAAACGAGGUUUUUGAAGCAGCUGCGCAUGCUCUUUUUUGUUCGAAGACCGACCUGCAGAGAUGCCCUUCUGGUUUCCAUCGUUUCUGCCUUUCCAAGAAUGCCGUGAAUCUUUGGUCUCUUCAAUUGCUCUCUAUAUUAUCUUAUGGAUGGCAAUUUGACGGCACUAGGAUGAGGCUGACUAGCUCGAGACUGCAUCUUCGAAAGAGCAUUGCAGUCGAC